AUGACCCAGCCGGACAUGUCCUCCCCGUCACCCGCUGCCGCCGCCGUCCAGAACCAGACGCUCGCCAAGAAGAAGAAGCGCGCCUCCAAGGCCUGCUCCUGCUGCCGCACCCGCAAGAUCCGCUGCGACGUGCUCAAGACGGGCGUCCCCUGCACCAAGUGCCAGCUCGACGGCUUCGACUGCGUCGUCCAGGCCCGCAAGAAGCGCCGCGGGAAGCACGAGGUCGAGAGGCUGAAGCAGCAGCAGCAGCCGUCGUCAUUGUCGCCGUCAGGCCGCGGGCUGGGGCUCGGCGCUGCCGCUGCGAGGCUGCCGUCGUCGCCGCGCUCCAUCCCGCAGCAUGCCAUGCUUCACCAGGUGCCGCACUAUCCCUUCCUGCGCAGCUUUGCCCCCGAGAGCCAGCCGCCGUCCUUGCUGGCUGUCUCGCGGGGAGGCAGUCUGGACGAUCCGGGGGCGAUGAAGCACUCGCGGCUGGAUGACGAUGACAUGCAGUAUCUGCAGCGCAAGGGGGCGCUGACUCUUCCGCCGAGGGCCGUCAUGGACGUCUUUGUGUCCAACUAUUUCCAGCUGUUCCAUCCGUUCUUCCCCAUCCUCGACAAGUCCAGCUUUCUGGCGAGUUACUACCGGAGUGACCGCGAUGCUGCGUCUCACUCUCGUGGUUUGAGUCUGUUGCUGCUUCAGGCCAUUCUAUUUACAGCCUCUGCGACGGUGCCCAUGAGCACAAUCCGCGAUGCUGGCUUUACAUCUCGAAAAGAGGCGAGAAACUUGCUACAUAAAAGAGCACGAUAUCUAUACGAGUUUGAUUUCGAGUCGGACGACAUCGUAAACAUUCAGGCACUCCUCCUGAUGAGCCACUUCUACCCGUCCAUGGUUGAGCAAAAGCACACUUGGUUCUGGAUCCAUCAAGCCAUCAGUCUUGCGCAGGGCCUCGGGCUGCACCGGAAUGCCAGCCAAGAGCCGCAGCGCAAACUGUGGGCGAGACUAUGGUGGGCGUGCCUGGUCCGAGACCGGCUGACUGCCCUCGGAACUGGGCGUCCCAUGCACAUCAACAGCUUGGACUGCACAGUCCCGAUGCUGACGCUUGAUGACCUGAGGGAGGAUGGCGACAGUGAAGACGACCAGACGGUCAAGGAAUUCUUCAUUGAGUUUGUCAAGCUUUGCCAGUACAUGGAGGGCGUGCUCUCGCUGCCUCACAACAUUGCCACGGAACCGGGGUCCUUGCCAGAGCAGAUUAAUCUAUGCGAAGAAACGCUUCAGCAUUGGCGCUUGAAUCUGGUCCCGAGCGCGAGGCUUCACGAUGACUACAGUAUGGCCUUUGACAAGCGAGGCAUCUGUACGCUCUACAAGGCGCUGCUGCAUCUCAUGUACAAUAUCGUCAUCAUCGCCUUGCACAAAUCACACCAGAUUCUCGACGAGAGCCGACCGAGCGGCGCACAGCUCCCGCUGCCCAAAGUUCAGGCUGCUGCUGAGGACUCGACGCGGAUUGCCGUUGAGCUCGUUAGGUUAGACUUGGUCAAAUACUGCCCGACAAUAUGCGUGACCGUCAUUCUACCGCCACUCAUCGUCCACCUUCUCAUGAUGCGGUCGGCUUCUGACGAAUCUGACCGACAGCCCCAUAUCGACCGCUUCAACAAAUGCAUGGUGCUGCUCGAACAGCUAGGCGAGAUUUACUGGCACGCCAGCUUCUACUACGACUUCUUCAAGCUCGCCUCUGAGCAUUCGCAAGGCCCUUCGACAUAUGUCAAUGGACAAGAACAAGACCCCCUUGUCGCCUUCUUCAAUGACCGCGUGCCACCAAAGCAACUCUACGGAAGAGCAGCAGACUACAGCCAAAGCGCCAGCCGGAGGCGGACACCGGUCGGAGACGAUGAAGACACUCCUGCAAGGCCCAUUCCUACACCGAGUCGAGACAAUGGCGCAGCGGAUCACGCUCCAAUAGUCACAACCUCUACCGCUCCUGAGGGCUAUUUGGCACCCUCAACGCAGCCUUCCAUCCCAUAUACCCUUGGUGACGACUUGGAGCUCGGUGGCGUUGCCAUUGCAGACUCCAAUCUUCAACUGUUUGAAGAUUGGCUCGAUGAAUACGGCUAUUUCCACAACAUCUUUCCGUCUGCCUAA